CUCGAUUGUUGAUUGUGUCUGAUUAGGCGAGAGUGUGGCUGAAGUUUACCCAGUGGAUGGCUGCCUUGAGACCGGGGCCAGCAAGUCUUUAACACGCACCUCCAUUUCUGUCUUUGGUCACAUAUCAGCUACCAGCCUGGCUGAUAUAUCAAAAUGCGUCGCAAUCGAAAACCUCGCCAUCGAAAACCCUGCCGUACCCUAAGCAUUUCGCGUCCCUCAUUCCCGCUGUUCGACCUCCCCCUCGACCUCCAAGUCUGCGUCCUUGCUUUCCUCGACACCCACACUCUUCAAGAUGCCAUUGCAUCUAGCUGGCACAUUCGAGAGCUCUUCUUAAUGUUUCCUGAGCGCCUUCUUCGUGACACUGUUGGCGUGAUGGGCUCUCAGGUGCAGAAUUUGACGUUGACAACCUUCAGCAUCAUUCGCAGCAUCGAAUUCGAUAUCGCAUUGGGGCCAGGACCAGACAGCGUCGGGGAGUAUUUGGCCGGAAAUCUGGAUACAGAGAAAUCGCAGCGGAUUUUACAAAAAGGUGA